UAGAAAGAAAGAAAGAAAGAAAGAAAGAAAGAAAGAAAGAAAGAAAGAAAGAAAGAAAGAACUACUGUAACAAAUGAAAUUAUAAUUAACUCUAAAACAAAUUUUAUUUCCUAAAUGGAAACAUAAAUAUGUGAUUUAUUAAAUUGAGUAUCAUCCAAAUGAGGUUUUGUAUCGAAAUAGACAGAUUGCCUUUUUAAAACAUCUGAAAACGUUUCACAAAAAUAAACUGAUUUGUUUUGUUUUUUUAAUUGCAGAAAGCCAAUAUAUACAUUUUAUAUCACCUGGGCCUACCUCAUCUGAAGCUCUGAAUGGUCAAUAAAAAUCAACUUUAUAUGCCAUAUUUUCACUGGCUGGAGCUCAACUCAACUAACGUGAUCAUUAUCAACAACAUUUUGAGAUUGUGGAAGUCACUGCUGAGUUGUGGUUUUGAAGGUGAUGUUGAGCCUGUUAACUAAGAGUUUAUUCAUUGUCAUUUGAUAUUAGACGUGAGUGUGUCCGUCAGUUCAGUGAUCUAUUCAACAAAGGAAGUAUUUGUCAUGGCUUUCUCAAGAAAGCAACCUCCAGUAACGGCAUUUUUAAGGCCACAGUUCAUUUAUGUUUUUUCGUGCAUCCAAAUGUGGAAGAAUACAAACAAUACAAACAAAUACCGUCUGCAGCAGUCAGGUUUGGAUGGCAGUACAAAAGUCUGAAGCUCACAUUUGCAAUAAAAAGUAGACCCCUUGUGGUUACAGAGGGAAAUAGAUGCAGAAAGCUUAACGUGCCCGACAGCCUGCUGAGGGCUGCACGGUCCGACCGCACCGAAUGGGAGGCGGCAACCUGCACCGACUACUACACACAGUCUGUAGUUGUUAGCUGUUUGUUCUGGUCGGAGGAAGACAUCAAGGAGCCCCAGAAAAAAAAAUGGACAGCGACAGCAAGAGCAAGAUGAAGGAGAGAUUUGGCCUGAGGCGGGACAUCUUUAAGGAGUUCCUGGCGGAAUUUCUGGGGAUAUUUGUCCUGAUACUCUUUGGAUGUGGUUCAGUGGCCCAGACGGUGCUGAGUAAAGGGGCUCUCGGGGAACCCUUGACCAUCCACGUUGGUUUCACUCUGGGCGUCAUGAUGGCCGUCUACAUGGCAGGGGGAGUGUCAGGAGCCCAUGUGAACCCGGCGGUCUCUCUGGCCAUGGUGAUCCUGGGGAAGCUACCGCUGAAGAAGUUUCCUGUGUAUGUGGUGGCACAAUUCCUGGGUGCUUUUGCUGGAUCUUGUGCUGUCUAUGGGUUGUAUUAUGAUGCUUUGAUGGAAUAUACCAAUGGAGAAUUUGCUGUUACUGGUGCCAAUGCCACAGCCAACAUAUUUGCAUCUUAUCCUGCACAACAUCUCUCAGUCAUAAAUGGGUUUGUUGAUCAGGUAAUUGCAACUGGCGCUCUGAUCCUGUGCAUCCUGGCCAUCACUGACAGGAAGAAUAUUGGUGCUCCAAAGGGCAUGGAGCCUCUGUGCAUCGGCCUGAUCAUCAUGGCCAUCGGAGUUUCCAUGGGUCUGAACUGCGGCUAUCCAAUCAACCCGGCUCGAGACCUCGGCCCGCGGUUCUUCACGGCUGUGGCCGGGUGGGGCAUGGACGUAUUCAGAGCUGGAGGUUGCUGGUGGUGGAUCCCUGUGGCAGGGCCCAUGGUCGGCGGAGCAGUUGGAGCGGGCAUUUACUUUCUCUUCAUUGAGUUGCACCACCCCGAGCCUGAAAAACAGGAGGAGAACAACAUCCAGGACAAAUAUGAAAUAGUAACUAUGAGUUAAAAUGUAGAGAAGGGGCUGCAGAGCAAAGCAACAAAGCUGCUGAUUUUUUCUCUCAGAUGGCAAAAAUGUUCUUCUAGAUGAAGAAUUUUUAUACAUUUCUACAAUACAUUUACAGUUAAUGGUUUAAUACACCAAACAUCCGACUACACGAUUUCAUAGUCAUUUAUAAAAUAUGGAUGAAUGAAGUCUUUUUGUCUUUUUUUGUAGGAAGUCUGGUGUAUUAAUAAGUUUCAGGGGCUCCUUCAUUUAUUAAAAUGUUAAACUUGCUUAUAAAAUAUAUUAUAAUUAGACAUCAAGCUUUUUCUUUAAUUCCAUGAUAUAAUAACCUUGUCUGGAAAGUUACAGCUUUAUUAUAACUGUGCAGUAUUCUUUAUAUUCUCCUAUUUCGUUACUGAGAUCAUUUCGUCUCAUUAGAAAUAUUUGCCAAGUUUCUGUACAGCAUUUGUAUUAUUUUUACUAAUGCCUACCUUACAAACAAAGGCAUUACAUAUAUGUAGCACUUAGGAAAUAAUGGUUUAAUGUGGAAAUGUAGUAAUUUAUACUAUUUUUUGUGUGUUACAGUAACGGGUGUUUUGUGGAGUUUCUCCUUUGUUCUGUUUCACUUGAUUCUUUGUGUGUGUGUAAAAAAUGUGUGAUCGAUCGCUUUAUCUUGCUGACAUUUAUGUAGAAAAUCCAGCCUUAAAAGAUUUUACUGGUGUUGCUUACUUUUUCAGUUAUUUUCAUAAUCCUGUGACACACAAACUUCUGUCCUAUUGCUGGAUCAAAGAUUUACUUGUUACUGAGACCCUUUGAUAUUGAAAAGCCAUAACUUAACAUGAGACAUUUAAGUGUCUGCUUUCUGCAAAAGAGAAAAAAAAAACCAAAACAUAUUGUUUCCAGCAGAAACUUUUUCAAAUGUCACUGAACGCUGUGAUGAAUUGUGUUUGAGGUAGAGCACACACUGUAUCAGGGGCAAUAUGCAAACACUGACUGUAACUGUUUACAUUAAUAACUCUUCAGAGCUGAAGUAAAAUGUGUAAUAGAACACAAAUGUUUGGGAUGGUUUACAUUUGGUCCCAAGUUCAACCCUGAAAAUUGGAUAACAACAUUACAGGUAUUAAAAAAAGGAACAACACUACUUGGAAAUGUAAACUGGAGUUGUAAAAACACUGGAUUUUCCUUUAUUAAUUGUGUUUUUGUGAUUCAUAAUGUUUGUAUCCUGUGAGCACAGAAAUGUGAAUUUGCAAAGACAAUCCAAAUGUAAACGAAUAUAUAUUAGAAUACUAUGACUUGUAAUUCAGCCUGUAUCAAUGGAUAACAUACUGUAAGCAUCACUGUCAGACAACAUGAUGCACUUAGAUCCACAGUAUGCUAAUGUUAAUGUGGAUAUCUGUUGUCGGUUAUACAGGCGUUUAUACUUGCAUUAAUGUGAGAUUCUAUUGUAGUGUAUUGAAUGUCAUUUUACAACAGCACAGUGUUUGUGUAAUGUACAAGACACUUGUUUGGCAACAUGACAAUCACAUAGAUUAGGGUUUUUUUUUUUUCAUUUGUUGUUUUACUUUUAUAAAACAGAAAAAAUGUGAAAAUGUAGUGUGUCCAUUGUACUUCAAACCCUGUAUGUGGCCUAUGUUUGAUUCAGAAUUACUAGUGUGCAUGUUUGAAAAACUGUUUAAGGUGUUUGUUUCACUGAACCCGUUCAGCUGUUCAGUGAAGUGGUUUGUAUGUUGGUACUUUUCUCUCCCUGUCCCACACUUAUGUUAGUGCUCCUGGCAUGAGUGGCAGCCUGUCACUGAAUAAACUUUGCUGAAAUUA